GGCCCCCGAGCGCCUCCCGGUGGACUCGGGCGGCAUCGGGACUCCGCCUACCGCGUUUCCACAGUCGGCCUUGGGUCCCUGGAGGGUUCGCCGGUGGGAAGAGCCUGGGUCACGGGACUUUCGCCGACACCCUGCGCCCAGCCUGGUGGCUGUGCACACGAGGGCGUCGACGGGACCGUCCACGUCUCAGCCUGUCCUCUGUGAGGCGGGGCCGCGGCGGUACCUCUCCCAGGGAAGGCCGCGCGGAGGGUUAAUGAGUCCUAGGCGCUGGCGGGGAUCUCUGUACAUCCCCAAAACACACCCCAUCCGAUACCCAGCACCCAGUACCGAGGGCCUAUUAACAACUUCCCGGAGGCCGGAGGGGCAGGGCGGGCUCGCUGUGUCCUCCCUCUCAGCGCUCUCGAGGCCUCCGUCCCGAAUCAGAAAAGGAUCUUACAAACCCUGUGCCUCCUCUCGGGGAGCCCCCCCAACCCACUGCGUAACCCAGCAGGGAGGAAUGGCACAAGUGAAGGAAAAUGCGUUCAAAAGCCUUACCAGGAGGUGUCAGAAUCAGCAGCAUCUGACAGUACUCUUGGGAGAAAGGACGCCCGCCCCUCCUGGCCAGCUGUUCGCUCUGCCAAAGCCCUGGCGCGACCCCGCACAUCUUGCUCUGUUGCCUACUCCAGAUCCCAGUUAGAGGAGCAGGCUGUGGCCACCCCUAAGAAUGAGGUGAUGGGAGCCGGUUGGGGCUGGGCUCUGUGUUGGUAGUUGUCAUGGUUUUGCUCCGAGUUCUGGAGCCAACCUGCCCACUCCCUGAGACGUCCAGGUCACAGAAGCAGUAGGUUAGAAGCCAGAGGGGACGUAAGGAGUGCCACUCUGGAGCCUACCGGCACGCCUGCUAAGAUGGAGGCCUCAGAUGGACAAGGGGGUGAAGGGGACAAGCCACUGGAGAAGGUGACAAAUGUGCCCUGCCUGGAGACAAGCUCCAGCACCAGCCCUGCCAGAGACUCACUCCUGCGCCAUGCCAAGGGCCUGGAUCAGGACACAUUCAAAAUUUGUAAAGAAUACCUAAGACCACUGAAGAAGUUCCUGCGAAAGUUGCACCUGCCCAGGGACCUUCCCCAGAAGAAGAAGCUGAAGUACAUGAAGCAGAGCCUUGUGGUCCUAGGGGAACACAUCAACACUUUUCUGCAGCAUUACUGCCGAGCCUGGGAAAUCAAACACUGGAGAAACCUGGGGCCUCUCUCUUGCAGGAUGCUCUGGCGGUUCGUCUCCCUCUUCUCAGAGCUGGAAGCAAAGCAGCUUUGCCGACUUUACAAAUACACCAAGAAAAACCAGCCGGCCAAGUUCCUGGUGGCAUUGUACCCCUCGGAUGCACCAGAGAGAUCCUCGCUGGCCGUCCAGGAAGACAGUCUGCCCAAGCUCUGUGAUGCCUGGGGGCUGCGUGGUGACAUCAGCAGCAUGAAGGAGCGGCUGUCCAAGAUGCAGGCCCCAGCUCAAGGGAGCUCCCUGACUGGGGAGCAGACAUCCCAGGACCAUGUCGAGAGAGAUUCUUUAAGGAAACUUUCUCAAACAUCAAAACUCAAGAGAAGGAGGAUAAAGGAAGUCCCAGAAUCUCCAGAGACUGACCCAUAAGAAGACCUGCUGGGAUAAAAGGCCAGCUCACCCUGGCUCUCAGAGCAUGGGGAAUGGGGACCAAAAAGGGGAAAAAAGAAAAUUAUCCUUAUCAAGGGGAUGCUCAGGUCUUAAUUAGAAAUCAAUGAGGUGGGAAAUAAACAUUCUUAUGACAGUUCUACUUUA